UGUGUCCCGGAGCAACCGCAGGCUCAUUAAUGCAAACAGUGUUACUAUGGUGCCAAGGAGCAAUCAGUAAACUCUCACUCCCACGCCGGACACUGGAUAGUGCUGAGACUUCUUCACAAUCAUGGAGGACGACCGGCCGGAAGCUGAUAAAAGAUACGAUUUCAUAGAGGACUAUGUGUUAAAAACUCUGAAGCUUAAAGGCGAUAGAUGGCAAAGAUGCAUUUCAGUUGAUGAGCAGAAACAAGUAAUACAGGACUUCUUGGAUAAAUCGGAAACCACUACACUUGUCGUUUCCCUGAAUGCAGCUGGGCAAUUGGUGCCAAGUGUAAGCUUCCCAUCGACUGCUAAAAACAAAGCGGUUUACUUUGUGAAACGGAGCAAAAGUGCUCUAACUGUUGACACAAUGAAGAGUCAAUUAUUCUACGGGGACUUGUCUUAUGUUCCACUUGAACAAUUCUCUGCGCUGGUUGAAGAAAUUGUUGUUCCAGUGCUGUCCAACAGCAGGAACCACUACCAGUGGCCCCACGUUGUCUCCGAGGAUAUAAUGCGACACAUACAUUCCCUGAAGAACAAUGUGUUUGUAGUGGCAGGUCAAGUAAAAGGGAAAACACUCCUCCCCUUACCACUGGGCUCUGAAAGAGUGGAACAGGCUGUUCUAGAGCGAGACAACAGGGGGAGCAUGGUGGAUAAGGGCGUAAUCCAUUCCAUAGAGACUGUUGUGAUUGAGUGGAGCCACCAGAUUCGGGAGGUGCUCAAGAGGGACUCCUCUGAGUCCUUACAGGAGGGCAAACACCCUACUCCUCACGAGGAGCUCCUGUUCUGGAAGAACAGAUAUGCUGACCUGGAAUGCAUACAGAGCCAGUUCAAAUCGUCUAAAGUGGCUAAAAUGGUGAAGCUCCUGGUCACCAUGGAGAGCAGCUACUAUCCUGCAUUUAAAAACAUGUUUCAAGAUGUUACUACCGCACUGGAGGAGGCUAGAGACAUCAACAUCCACCUGAAGCCACUUCAGCGUCUUUUCGAAGACAUUGGGAAUGUGGACUUCAACGAAAUCAAAUGUCAGAUCGCGCCAUUAAUGCACACCGUGUGCCUCGUCUGGGCAAACUCUCAGUAUUAUAACACGCCUGCCAGGGUCAUUGUUCUGCUGCAGGAGACAUGUAACCUUCUCAUUCAGCAGGCCCGAAGCUACUUGAACCCUGAGGACAUUCUGAAAGGAGACGUGGUGGAGAGCCUAGCUCGUGCCCAGACCACCCUGGAUAUUCUGCUCCACUUCAAGCAGACGUUCGAGGAUCGGAGGAGCAACCUCCGUCAGUAUCAGAGAAAUGGGAAGGAGGUUAAGCCAUGGGACUUUCUCCCCAUCAUGGUGUUCGGUGGACUGGAUCGCUUCAUUGACAGACUGAAGACCAUUGAGAACCUGUUGCUGACCGCUGUUGAUAUGAUGAAGCUGGAGAAAAUUGAGUUUGGUGGUAUCCGGGGGAAAGCCCUGAGCCAGCAGGUCCAGUGGCUGCAUGAGGAGUUCAUGGAGAGAUUCAAAGUCUUGAUAGAAAAACCGUAUGACUGCCUUGAUGUCAACAACAAGGAGUUUGAAAUUGAUGUAGCUGAGUUCCAGUGUAAAGUGGAAGACACAGAUCGCCGUCUAGGUGCAAUCUUCUGCCAGGCCUUUGAUGAUGCCUCUGGGCUUGAGCAUGCCUUCAAGGUACUAGAUAUGUUUGGGAGCCUGUUGGAAAGGCCUCUGAUUACAGCCGAUGCUCACGAAAAAUUCCCACUCCUCAUCCGCAUGUACGACCGCGAGCUCGACUGCUGCAAACUGCUCUUCAGAAAACAGACCCAGAUGGUGGAGAAAAUGGGUUACUGCCCCGUCAAUAAGAACAUGCCAGUCGUGGCGGGAGGACUCCAGUGGGCCCGGCAGCUUCAGGAGCGAAUCCAAGUCCCCUUUAAUAACUUCAGAUACAUCACACACCCAUGCAUGGAGUCAGCAGAAGGACAAAGAAUGAUCCAGAAGCACGAUGAACUCAUGCAGCUGCUGAAAAGGUACUGUAUGCAGCUGUGUGACCAGUGGACUGACUCCGUGGGAGAGAGUUCUCAGUACAACCUCAGCCAGCCUAUUAUCUGCCGAGACCAAGCCACCAGCCGGAUUUCUGUUAACUUCAAUCCCCAGCUGGUGUCCGUGCUGAGGGAGGUGAAGUACUUGGAGGCCAGUCAGGCCGAGGUGAUCCCGGACAUGGCCGUUGAGAUCUACUCCAGGAAGGAGCUCAUGUGGCAGUACGUGGCCAACCUGGAGCUGACGGCUGGCUGGUACAACAAGGUGAUGCGCUCGGUGCUGGAGGUGGAGUUCCCGCUGAUCCGGAAUCAGUUGAGGGACAUAGACGUUCAGGUGAAGGAGGCAGAGGAGUCCAUGAACUGGAAUUGCAAGGGGAUCUGGGAGUACAUCCAGAGAGUGCGAGACACGGUGCGUGAGCUGGAGAGCAGCCUGCAGAGGACCAAAGACAACGUGGAGGAGAUCCAAGCCGUCAUGAAGACCUGGGUGACCCCCAUCUUUGAGAGGAAAGAGGGCAAGAAGGACAGCCUUCUGAACCUAGAGGACAGGACAGAGCGCCUGGAGAAAUGUUAUGGACACAUACGAGACUCUGGAGGCAAAAUCCACGCACUGGUCCAGAAAAAUCUGGAGCUUUUCAAAGCCAGCCCUGCCUCUCCACAGUGGAGGGCCUAUGUGGACUACAUCGAUGAAAUGGUCAUUGACGGCUUCUUCAACAGCAUUGAGAGUUCCCUCAAGUUCUUCCUGGAUAACACUGACCAAAGAGCUGGACUGGCUCCCCUGUUCGAAGCCCAGUUGGACCUUCAGCCGCCCGACAUGGUUUUCCGCCCCUCCCUUGAGUUCGGGGCCGCAGACGGCUUCUACGACCUGGUGGAGGGCCUCGUCAAUGACGUGUACCGGAUCGCCUCCCUGGUGCCUCGUCUGGCUGAGCACAGCGCCUUCCCACAUUACCAGGCAGACAUGGAAGACAUGGCUGACCUGGCAGACAUGCGGCAGCUCCUGACUGAGCGCGUGCAAACGGUGACAGCGAAGUGCUGUGAUCUACGCGACGCCUACGAGCGCUACGCCUACCUGUAUGUGGACGACCGCAAGGAGUUCAUGCGGCAGUUCCUGCUCUACGGCCACGUGCUCACCAGCGAGGAGAUCGAGGCGCACGCCGACGACGGUGUGCCAGAGGCGCCACCGGCACUGGACAGCUUCCGCGAGCAGGUGAACCAGUACGAGCGUGUUUACGAGGAGGUGCAGCAGCUGGAGCCAGUGCACGUGGUCCACGGUUGGAUGCGGUUGGACGCCCGUGCCUUCAAGAGUGCCCUGCUCAACGUGGUCAAGAAGUGGAGCCUCAUGUUCAAGCAGCACCUCAUUGACCAUGUCACAAACAGUCUGUCUGACCUGGAAAACUUCAUUCAAGCUGCGAAGACUGGGCUUGGCAAGAAUAUGGCCGAGGGCGACUACGGUGGCCUGGUGGAGGUCAUGGGUCAUCUGCUGGCGGUGAAGGAGAGGCAGAGCAGCACGGACGAGAUGUUUGAACCAUUGCAGCACACCAUUGACCUCCUGAAGACGUAUGAACAGGAGCUCCCAGAGGUGGUCUACAAACAACUUGAGGAGCUGCCGGAGAAGUGGACGAACCUGAAGAAGCAGGCCGUGGUGGUGAAGCAGCAGGUGGCUCCCCUGCAGGCCAAUGAGGUGGCCUGCCUGCGCCGCAAGUGCACCUCCUUCGACGUGGAGCAGCACGCCUUCAGAGAGGACUUCCGCAAGAAGGCACCUUUCAGAUUUGACUCAGAGAGUCCCCAUCAGAUGUUGGACACAGCCCACAGGCAGAUCCGGGAGAAGGAGUCCACCAUGGCCACGCUGGUGGACUCGGCCAGCCUCUUCGAGGUGAACAUCUCCGACUACAAACAGCUUCGUCAGUGCCGCCGCGAGGUGGUCCUGCUCAAGGAGCUGUGGGACCUCGUCUCCGUGGUCCAGUCCAGCCUGGACGCCUGGCGGACAACCCGCUGGAGGGACAUCAACGUGGACGACAUGGACCUGGAGUGCAAGCGUCUGAGCAAAGAGCUGCGUGGCCUGGACAAGGAGGCCCGCGCCUGGGACGCCUUCCUGGGGCUAGACUCCACGCUGAAGAACACACUGACAUCUCUCCGGGCCGUGGCCGAGCUCCAGAAUCCGGCCAUCCGGCCUCGCCACUGGCACCAACUGAUGGCCGCCACGGGCGUCCGCUUCGCCAUGGACGAGGGCACCACGCUGGCCGACCUGCUACGACUGGAAUUGCACCGCUUUGAGGACGAGGUCCACGGCAUCGUGGACCGGGCGGUGAAGGAGAUGGCCAUGGAGAAGGUGCUGACGGAGCUGGACUCCACCUGGACGGGCCUGGUGUUCGCCUACGAGACGCACCCACGCACCAACGUGCCCCUGGUGAAGUCGGACGAGGAACUGAUCGAGACGCUGGAGGACAAUCAGGUGCAGCUGCAGAACAUGCUCACGUCCAAGCACAUUGCGCAUUUCCUGGAGGAGGUGUCAUCCUGGCAACGGCGUCUCUCCACUGCCGAUGCCGUCAUCUCCAUCUGGUUCGAGGUGCAGAGGACCUGGUCACACCUGGAAAGCAUCUUCAUUGGUUCAGUGGACAUCCGCUCACAGCUGCCCGAGGACUCCAAUCGCUUUGAGGGUAUCGACACGGAUUUCAAACAACUGGCAAAUGAGACUCACAAAACGCCUAAUAUCAUACAGGCCACCAACAAACCAGGACUGUACAAUAAACUGGAGGACAUUCAGGGCAGGCUGGCCUUGUGUGAGAAGGCCUUGGCCGAGUAUCUGGACACCAAGCGGCUGGCCUUCCCCCGCUUCUACUUCAUCUCCUCCGCAGAUCUGCUGGACAUUCUGUCCAACGGCACAGACCCCCACCAGGUCCAAAGGCACCUGGCCAAACUGUUUGACAACGUAGCCAAGUUGAAGUUUGACGCUGACUCCGAGGGGGAGCCCUCCAAGACGGCUCUGGGAAUGUUCAGCAAGGAGGACGAGUGCGUGCCUUUCAGCCAGCCUUGUGACUGCACCGGCCAGGUUGAGGUGUGGCUAAACCGCCUACUUGACACCAUGCGAGCCACCGUACGCCACGAGAUGACCGAGGCGGUGGUGGCCUAUGAGGAUAAGCCCAGGGAGCAGUGGCUGUUUGACUACCCCGCUCAGGUGGCUCUCACCUGCACCCAAAUCUGGUGGACCAUGGACGUGGGCAUGGUGUUCGCCCGUCUUGAGGAGGGCUAUGAGAACGCCAUGAAGGAGUACUACAAGAAGCAGGUGGGCCAGCUCAACGCCCUCAUCGCAUUGCUCAUCGGGCAGCUCACCCCAGGCGACCGGCAGAAGGUCAUGACCAUCUGCACUAUAGACGUCCACGCCAGGGACGUGGUGGCCAAGAUCAUCGCUCAGAAAGUGGAAAACUCCCAGGCCUUUGUGUGGCUGUCCCAGCUGAGGCACCGUUGGGAUGACAGGGAAAAGCAUUGCUAUGCUAACAUCUGUGACGCCCAGUUCCUCUACUCCUACGAGUACCUUGGCAACACGCCUCGCCUGGUCAUCACCCCACUGACAGACAGGUGCUACAUAACUCUGACCCAGUCCCUCCAUCUCACCAUGAGUGGGGCCCCAGCUGGGCCGGCCGGCACCGGGAAGACGGAGACCACCAAGGACCUGGGCCGGGCGCUCGGCAUCAUGGUCUAUGUAUUCAACUGUUCAGAGCAGAUGGACUACAAGUCCUGUGGUAACAUCUACAAAGGGCUGGCGCAGACGGGCGCUUGGGGCUGCUUUGACGAGUUUAACCGGAUAUCUGUGGAGGUGCUGUCUGUGGUGGCGGUACAGGUCAAAAGCAUCCAGGAUGCCAUAAGGGACAAGAAGAAGCGCUUCAACUUCAUGGGGGAGGAGGUGAACCUGUUCCCCUCGGUGGGGAUCUUCAUCACCAUGAACCCCGGCUACGCGGGAAGAACCGAGCUGCCAGAGAACCUCAAGGCCCUUUUUCGGCCGUGUGCCAUGGUGGUGCCGGACUUCGAGCUCAUCUGUGAGAUCAUGCUGGUGGCGGAGGGCUUCAUCGAGGCACGUCUCCUGGCCAGGAAAUUCAUCACGCUCUACCAGCUCUGCAAGGAGUUGCUGUCCAAACAGGACCAUUAUGACUGGGGAUUGCGAGCUAUCAAAUCUGUCCUGGUGGUGGCCGGCUCCCUGAAGCGGGGGGACCCCAGCCGGGCCGAGGACCAGGUCCUCAUGCGGGCGCUGCGAGACUUCAACGUGCCCAAGAUCGUGACGGACGACAUGCCCGUCUUCAUGGGCCUCAUCGUCGACUUGUUCCCGGCACUUGACGUCCCCCGCAAACGGGACCUGGACUUUGAGAAGUUUGUGAAGCAGUCGGUACUAGACCUCAAACUGCAGGCUGAGGACAACUUCGUGCUGAAGGUGGUGCAGCUUGAGGAGCUGCUGGCGGUCCGCCACUCCGUGUUUGUGGUAGGCAACGCUGGCACGGGGAAGUCGCAGGUGUUGAGGUCCCUGAACAAGACCUACCACAACAUGAAGCGCCGGCCGGUCUGGGCAGACCUCAACCCCAAAGCUGUCACCAACGACGAGCUGUUUGGCAUCAUCAACCCGGCCACUCGGGAGUGGAAGGACGGUCUCUUCUCUAAUAUCAUGCGUGAAUUGGCCAAUAUCACCCACAAUGGGCCGAAGUGGAUUGUGUUGGAUGGAGAUAUCGAUCCGAUGUGGAUUGAGUCUUUGAACACGGUCAUGGAUGAUAACAAGGUCCUCACUCUGGCCAGUAAUGAGCGGAUUCCUCUCAACCCCACCAUGAGACUGGUGUUUGAGAUCAGUCAUCUGCGCACGGCCACCCCUGCCACAGUCUCCCGAGCUGGUAUCUUGUAUAUCAACCCUGCCGAUUUGGGGUGGAAUCCACCGGUGUCCAGCUGGAUUGACAGUAGAGAGGUCCAAUCGGAGAAGGCUAACUUAACUAUUCUGUUUGAUAAGUACCUUCCUCCGUGCCUGGAGACCCUCAGGUCAAGGUUUAAGAAGAUCAUUCCCAUCCCGGAGCAGAGCAUGGUCCAGAUGUUGUGUAACCUUCUGGAGUGCCUGCUCACCCCGGAGCACACACCUCCAGACUGCCCCAAGGAGCUGUAUGAACUCUACUUCAUCUUCGCCGCCAUCUGGGCCUUUGGAGGCGCCAUGUUCCAGGACCAGCUGGUGGACUACAGGGUAGAGUUCAGCAAAUGGUGGGUGACCGAAUUCAAGACCAUCAAGUUCCCCUCCCAGGGCACCGUGUUUGACUACUACAUCGACCCAGACACCAAGAAAUUUGAGCCCUGGUCCAAAAUGGUUCCCAAGUUCGAGAUGGACCCUGACAUUCCACUGCAGGCCUGUCUGGUGCCUACCUCCGAGACCAUCCGGGUGCGCUACUUCAUGGACCGGCUGCUGGAGCGCCGGCGGCCCGUCAUGCUGGUGGGCAACGCCGGCACGGGCAAGUCCGUCCUGGUGGGCGACAAGCUGAGCUCGCUCGACUCGGACAAAUACGCCAUCAAGAAUGUGCCCUUCAACUACUACACCACAUCUGCCAUGCUGCAGGCGGUUUUAGAGAAGCCCUUGGAGAAGAAGGCCGGGAGGAACUACGGCCCCCCCGGCAGCAAGCGGCUUAUCUACUUCAUCGAUGACAUGAACAUGCCCGAGGUGGACGCCUAUGGAACCGUGCAGCCGCACACACUCAUCCGCCAGCACAUGGACUACAACCACUGGUAUGACAGGAGUAAGCUGCAGCUGAAGGAGGUGCACAGCGUCCAGUACAUGGCCUGCAUGAACCCAACAGCAGGCAGCUUUACCAUCAACCCACGCCUGCAGAGACACUUUUCGGUGUUUGCCCUGUGCUUCCCUGGCGCGGACGCCCUCCACACCAUCUACUCCAGCAUCCUGAGCCAGCACCUGCGCGGGGAGGGCUUCGGCCCGGCGCUGCAGAAGGGCACCCCGCAGUUGGUGCAGCUCGCCCUGGCCCUCCACCAGCGUGUCACCGCCACCUUCCUCCCCACCGCCAUCAAGUUCCACUACAUCUUCAACCUGCGUGACCUCUCCAACAUAUUCCAGGGUAUCUUGUUUUGCACCAGUGAGUGCCUGAAGACCCCUCAGGACCUGGUGAAGAUUUACCUGCACGAGUCCAACCGGGUCUACCGAGACAAGAUGGUGGAAGACAGGGACUUUGCCACCUUCGACAAGCUGCAGUCCGACACUGCCAGGAAGUUUUACGAGGACAUGGAGGAGGCUCUGGAGGAAGCCCGGGCGAUGAAUAUGUUCUGCCACUUCGCUUCGGGCGUCGGAGAGCCCAAAUACAUGCCCGUGCAGUCCUGGGGGAGCCUGAACAAAACUCUGCUGGAGGCCCUGGACGGUUACAACGAAGUCAACGCCGCCCUGAACCUGGUCCUCUUUGAGGACGCCAUGUGUCACAUCUGUCGUAUCAACCGCAUCUUGGAGUCGCCCCGAGGGAAUGCGCUGCUGGUCGGGGUGGGCGGCAGCGGCAAGCAGAGCCUGACGAGGCUGGCCGCCUUCAUCAGCUCCCUGGAGGUCUUCCAGAUCACACUGAAGAAGGGCUACAGCAUCCCCGACCUGAAGACUGAUUUGGGGGCGCUCUACAUCAAAGCUGGCGUGAAGAACGUUGGCACAGUGUUCCUGAUGACGGAUGCCCAGGUGGCGGAUGAGAAAUUCCUUGUCCUGCUGAAUGACCUCUUGGCAUCGGGUGAGAUCCCGGACCUGUUCCCCGACGACGAGGUGGAGAACAUCAUCAGUAGCGUGCGGAACGAGGUGCGAGGCCAGGGGCUGAUGGACACCAGAGAGAACUGCUGGAAGUUCUUCAUCGACCGCGUCCGCAGGCGUCUAAAGGUGGCCCUCUGUUUCUCCCCGGUGGGCAGCACACUGAGGGUGCGCAGCAGGAAGUUCCCCGCCAUGGUCAACUGCACGGCCAUCGACUGGUUCCACGAGUGGCCGCAGGAGGCCCUGGAGUCGGUCAGCUUGCGCUUCCUCCAGGAGGUGGAGAACAUUGAGCCCGCCGUGAAGGAAUCUGUCAGCAAGUUCAUGGCCUACGUGCACAUCAGCGUGAACCAGACCUCCAAGAACUACCUGGUCAACGAGCGGCGCUACAACUACACCACGCCCAAGUCCUUCCUGGAGCAGAUCAAGCUCUACCGCAACCUCCUGGCCCUCAAGAGCAAAGACUUGACCACUAAAAUGGAGCGGCUGGAGAACGGCCUGGAGAAACUCAACAGCACCUCAGCUCAGGUGGACGACCUAAAGGCCAAGCUGGCCGCCCAGGAAGUGGAGCUCAAGCAGAAGAACGAGGAUGCCGACAAGCUCAUCCAGGUGGUAGGCGUAGAGACUGAGAAGGUGACCCACGAGAAGGCGGUGGCGGACGAGGAGGAGCAGAAGGUGGCCUGCAUUGCCGUGGAGGUGAGCCAGAAGCAGCGCGACUGCGAGGAGGACCUGGCCAAAGCAGAGCCGGCUCUGGUGGCCGCCCAGGAGGCCCUCAACACCCUCAACAAGAACAAUCUAACAGAACUAAAGUCCUUCGGCUCCCCCGUGGUCGCAGUCACCAACGUGACGGCCGCCGUCAUGGUCCUAAUGGCCCCGGGGGGUCGUGUGCCAAAGGACCGCAGCUGGAAGGCCGCCAAGGUGAUGAUGGCCAAGGUGGACGCCUUCCUAGACUCCCUGGUCAACUUCAACAAGGAGAACGUCCACGAAAACUGCCUGAAGGCCAUCCAGCCCUACCUGCAGGACCCAGAGUUCCAGCCCGAGCUGGUGGCGUCCAAGUCGUACUCGGCCGCGGGUCUCUGCUCGUGGGUCAUCAACAUCGUCCGGUUCUACCAGGUCUACUGUGAGGUGGAGCCCAAGAGGCAGGCGCUGAGCAAGGCCAACGCCGAGCUGGCUGCAGCCCAGGACAAGCUGACCACCAUCAAGGCCAAAAUCAAUCACCUUAAUGAGAACUUGGCGAAGCUGACGGCUAAGUUUGAGAAAGCUACGGCAGACAAGCUCAAGUGCCAACAGGAGGCCGAGACCACGGCGCGCACCAUCUCCCUUGCCAACCGCCUGGUGGGAGGACUGGCCUCGGAGAACGUGCGCUGGGCCGAGGCGGUGGGCAACUUCCGUCUGCAGGGGCGCACGCUGUGCGGGGACGUGCUGCUCAUCACGGCGUUCGUCUCCUACCUGGGCUACUUCACUAAGCGCUACCGCCUGCAGCUGAUGGACGGCACCUGGAAGCCCUACCUCAGCCAGCUCCAGGUUCCAAUCCCAGUGACUCCUGACCUGGAUCCUCUGACGAUGCUGACGGACGACGCGGACAUCGCGACCUGGCAGAACGAGGGGCUGCCGGCGGACCGGAUGUCGACGGAGAACGCCACUAUCUUGACCAGCUGCGAGCGCUGGCCCCUCAUGGUAGACCCCCAGCUCCAGGGCAUCAAGUGGAUCAAGACCAAAUACGGGGAGGACCUGCGCGUCAUCCGGAUUGGACAGAAAGGUUAUUUGGAUUCGAUAGAGAGGGCGUUAGCCGAAGGUGAAGUGGUUCUGAUUGAGAAUCUGGAGGAGACUGUGGAUCCAGUCCUUGGACCUUUGCUCGGCCGUGAGACAAUCAAGAAGGGCAGGUGCAUCAAAAUCGGAGACAAGGAGUGCGAGUACAACCCUAGUUUCCGGCUCAUCCUGCACACGAAGUUGGCCAACCCGCACUACCAGCCGGAGUUGCAGGCCCAGUGCACGCUGGUCAACUUCACCGUCACGCGGGACGGCCUGGAGGACCAGCUGCUGGCUGCUGUGGUCAGCAUGGAGCGACCAGACCUGGAGGAACUCAAGUCCAACCUCACGAAGCAGCAGAAUGGAUUCAAGAUCACCCUGAAGACACUAGAGGACAGCCUUCUGUCUCGGCUGUCUUCGGCUUCCGGAAACUUCCUCGGGGAUACCGAGCUGGUGGAAAACCUUGAAAUAACCAAACGAACUGCGGCAGAAAUUGAAGAGAAGGUGAAGGAGGCCAAGGUGACGGAGGUGAAAAUCAAUGAGGCCCGGGAGCACUACAGGCUUGCCGCCGCCAGGGCUUCGCUGCUCUACUUCAUAAUGAACGACCUCAAUAAGAUCCACCCCAUGUACCAGUUCUCUCUUAAGGCCUUCAGUGUAGUGUUCCAGAAAGCCGUGUUGAAGGCUACUGCAGACGAGGUGCUGAAGCAGAGAGUCUCGAACCUGAUAGACAGCAUCACCUUCUCCGUGUACCAGUACACCACGCGAGGGCUGUUUGAGUGCGACAAACUCACCUACAUCGCCCAGCUGGUGUUCCAGAUUCUGCUAAUGAGUAAAGAGAUCAAUCCAACUGAGCUGGACUUCUUGUUGAGAUACCCUGUGCAGCCCGGCAUGUCUUCCCCUGUCGACUUCCUGUCCAAUCACUCGUGGGGUGGAAUCAAGGCGCUGUGCGCCAUGGAGGAGUUUCGGAACCUGGACCGGGACAUCGAGGGCUCGGCCAAGCGCUGGAAGAAGCUGGUGGAGUCCGAGUGUCCAGAGAAGGAGAAGUUCCCGCAGGAGUGGAAGAAUAAGACAACCCUGCAGAGGCUCUGCAUGAUGAGGGCUCUCAGGCCGGACAGGAUGACCUAUGCCGUGAGGGACUUUGUGGAGGAGAAGCUGGGCAGUAAGUAUGUGAUGGGCCGAUCCUUGGACUUCGCCAUCUCCUUUGAAGAAUCUGGGGCAGCCACUCCCAUGUUCUUCAUCCUCUCUCCUGGCGUGGACCCGCUUAAAGACGUGGAGAAACAUGGUCGUAAACUUGGCUAUACCUUCGACAACAAGAACUUCCACAACGUGUCGUUAGGCCAGGGACAGGAAGUGGUCGCUGAGCAGUCUCUAGACCUUGCUGCCCGUGAGGGACACUGGGUCAUCUUACAGAACAUCCAUCUGGUGGCCAAGUGGCUGGGCACCCUGGAGAAGAAGCUGGAGCAGCACGGCGAGAGCAGCCACCCAGAGCUCCGCGUCUUCAUCAGCGCCGAGUCGCCCGCCACCCCCGCCGGGCACAUCAUCCCACAGGGCAUCCUGGAGAACUCCAUCAAGAUCACCAACGAGCCGCCCAUGGGCAUGCACGCCAACCUGCACAAAGCUCUCGACAACUUCAACCAGGACACGCUGGAGAUGUGCGCUCGCGAGAAUGAGUUCAAAGGCAUUCUCUUCUCCCUGUGCUACUUCCACGCCGUGGUGGCCGAGCGCCGCAAGUUCGGGCCGCAGGGCUGGAACCGCAGCUACCCCUUCAACACGGGCGACCUGACCAUCUCCAUCAACGUGCUCUACAACUACCUGGAGGCCAACGCGAAGGUGCCGUACGACGACUUGCGCUAUCUGUUUGGGGAGAUCAUGUACGGGGGCCACAUCACCGACGACUGGGACCGACGGCUGUGCCGCACGUAUCUGGAGGAGUUCAUCAAGCCAGAGAUGAUGGAGGGGGAGCACUACCUCGCUCCAGGCUUCCUGCUCCCUGGGAACAUGGACUAUAAUGGCUACCACCAGUACAUCGACGAUGCCCUCCCUGCGGAGUCCCCCUACUUAUAUGGCCUUCACCCCAACGCGGAGAUUGGCUACCUGACGCAGACAUCGGAGAAGCUCUUCCGCACCGUCCUGGAGAUGCAGCCUCGGGAUGGGGGUGCUGGGGAGGGAGGGGGUUCUACGCGGGAAGAGAAGGUGAGAGCCAUUCUGGAUGAGGUCAUGGAGAAGCUUCCGGAAGAGUUCAACAUGGCGGAGCUGCUGGGGAAGGCGGAGGAGCGCACGCCGUACGUGGUGGUGGCACUGCAGGAGUGCGAGCGCAUGAACCUCCUCACGCAGGAGAUCAAAAACUCGCUCCGUGAGCUCAGCCUCGGCCUGAAGGGGGAGCUUACCAUGACUAGUGACAUGGAGAGCCUGCAGAAUGCGCUGUACUUGGAUCAGGUGCCCGAGUCGUGGACCAGGCGAGCCUACCCAUCCAUCCAGGGACUGGCGCUGUGGUUCACGGACCUGCUGAGCCGCAUCCGGGAGCUAGAGAGCUGGACGACGGACUUCCUGCUGCCCUCGGCCGUGUGGCUGGCCGGCUUCUUCAACCCGCAGUCCUUCCUGACGGCCAUCAUGCAGUCCAUGGCGCGGCGGAACGAGUGGCCGCUGGACAAGAUGUGCCUGCAGUGUGACGUCACCAAGAAGAACCGCGAGGACUUCACCUCGCCGCCCAGGGAGGGCGCCUACGUGUACGGCCUAUUCAUGGAGGGGGCGCGCUGGGACACACAGGCUGGCAUCAUCGUUGACGCCCGGCUGAAAGAGCUGACCCCAGCUGUGCCCGUCAUCUUCAUAAAGGCCAUCCCCGUGGACAAGCAGGAGACGCGGAACGUCUACCAGUGCCCAGUGUACAAGACUAGACAGAGAGGACCGACGUACGUGUGGACGUUCAACUUGAAGACCAAAGAGAACCCCUCAAAAUGGACACUGGCUGGAGUGGCCUUACUGUUGCAGAUUUAGUUGUCUAUAUCAGUCUAUGACAGUCUAUGACUGUGUCAUCUAUGAAUUUGUAAGACAAUGUUUUGACGUGUGGUUGGGUUAGCACGACAGUUCAUGAAGCAGCCUCUUAUUUUUUUAAACUGUAAGCAGAGCCUUCAUAAUUUAAACUUGAUGAGGGCUAAUCUGUCCAGUAAUCAUGUUCCUCAGGUGAUUUUAAUAAAUUGUUGUGUGCUACAAAUUCUAAACAAGCUGUAGCAAUGUUUUGGGCUGUAAAAUAUUUAAUCCUUUUUCAAUUAUCAAAUAAUUACCUAAUUAUUAUUUUAAUAAUUAUUAUUAUUAUUAUUU